AUCUCUGUGGUAUCUGUUAGGCUGCGUGACAGCCGGUCUAGGCAGUGGGCGCAGGCGCCGUGAUCCGGGUUGCAACUAGCUGUUAAUAGCGGAGCCAGGCCUGGGCGCGAGACGGGUCAGGGUGCCCCAGCCCUGGCAGCUCACCGGUGCUUUGCCUCCCACUAGCAGGCGGCGAGAGGGACGCUCAGGUUCUCCUCGCCUCAAGACCGGGGGGCGAGCGCCAGGCGGCUCUGGGCAGCAGCCAGGACGGCAGCAGAGCUAUACAGGCAGUCCUUGGACUUAUGACACAGUUGGUUCCUGAACAUUGCCUCGUAAAUUGAAGUCUUGUAACUCAGAACCGCAAUACACGCCGUCGUGGGACCGAGCAUCGUAAAGUCGAAACAAAUUGUUUGAUGACUUGAAAACUGAGGUCUACAUUUUCCCCUCUCAUGGAAAAAUCUAAAAGAGGGGGCUUAGGUAGAAGAAAUCUCCAUGAGGAUCCCCUUGCAGAUACUCCACUGUUGCUCUGUUGGAGGGAAAGGGGAGAGUGGACUGGGCCAACUGCAAACCUGGAAGAUCUUAUACUAUUGGUGUGGAAGCCCAGUGUCUGAGCACUAGCUCUGGCCCCCCAUGGCGUCAUCGCCAUCAUAGUACGGCUCCAUUCAAUCUGCACUAACAUGGCAUUUCCCUGUGACAUCUGCUGGGGACUGCAGAAAAGAGCCCGAGUUGCUGAUUAUCUAUUCCACAAAGCUGUGAAGAAGACAUGAUUUCCAGUGGCAGUAAUGCAGAGAGCGUGAACCCUGUGCUCAGAAUAAGUCAGCUGGAUGCUCUUGAACUAAACAAAGCCUUGGAGCAGCUAGUUUGGUCCCAGUUUUCCAGCUGUUUUCAUGGAUUUAAACCAGGGCUGUUGGCUCACAUUGAACCAGAAGUAAAAGCAUUUUUAUGGCUUUUCUUGUGGAGAUUCACCAUCUAUUCUAAGAAUGCAACUGUGGGACAGACUAUUCUGAAUAUUCAGUACAAGAAUGACUUAUCUCAAACACAGAAAUAUCAGCCAUUGAGCAAACACCAGAAGUUAUGGUAUCUUAUCUGCACUGUUGGCGGAAGGUGGUUGGAAGAAAGAUGCUAUGAUUUGUUCAGCAGUCGCCAACUAGAGUCAUUCUUCAGAACCAAGCAUUUCAUUAAUUUUGUAGCUGGACUUCUAAAACUUUGUGGACUACUGAACUUUCUGAUUUUCCUUCAGAAAGGAAAAUUUGCAACAUUUACCGAACGUAUUUUAGGAAUUAGAUCUGUCUUUUGUAGGCCUCAGAAUGUUCGUCAAAUAGGGUUUGAAUACAUGAACAGGGAACUUCUUUGGCAUGGCUUUGCUGAAUUUCUCAUCUAUCUUCUACCACUCAUUAACAUGCAAAAGCUCAAACUCAAAAUUUCAUCUUGGUCUUUGCCUAUUGCAGUUUUUUCCAACAGUGAAAACACUUUAGCAGCACAUUGCAAGGAAUGUUCUGUAUGUGGGGAGUGGCCAACUAUGCCUCAUACCAUAGGCUGCUCACAUGUUUUCUGCUACUAUUGUAUUAAAAGCAACUGCUUAUUUGACAUGUAUUUUACCUGUCCUAAGUGUGGUACAGAGGUACACAAUAUUCAGCCAUUGAAAUACAAGCUUGAAAUGACAGAAGUUCACACCCUCUAGAGUUUUUUGCAGUGCACUUGAAGCACAUACUUUAGAGUAAACUGUGUAAUAUUCAUAACCACUAUUAAAUUGAUCAUAUUGUCAUCUUUGUUUACAGCAGUUUGAUCUUUGUGUCUUAUGUCUGUGGAUAUAAUAAAGUCUGUAUUGACAUUCAUUUCUAUAUACUAAUAUAAAAUUGUAAUUUAACCAUUAUUCCAAUUAUAAUCAAAGAUUCAUGGGACUAUAUUGAUGGUAGCUAUCCACAUAUUUCAUCAACUGCCUUCUAUAAUCAGCAUAAAAGACAUUCCUUGUAAACUACUUUUGAGGUAAGUAACUCAUUAGCAUCUAUAAUAAAGUAGUGAGACCACCUAAAGAAAAUGGAGAGCUGCACCCUAUCAGCAAAAAAAAAAAAUAAUAAUGUUCUCUUAGUACUGGGGAAUAGGCUUAAAAGUACCUUUUAAACAUUUUUUGCCACUUUGCACCAUUAAGUCAGUUUAAAUUCACUGCAGUGAAUCUGUUCCCUAAUUGUCCUAACCAAAUACAUCUACCGUUCCAGGCUACUAAGUGGGUACCACCCUAAAAGUCAUAGGGUACUUUUAUUGCCUUUAUAAAUAUUUAUUAUAGGCAUUCAUAUACCACAGUGAUAAACGUGGGUCUCUUUGGUUAUUUCCAUUGUUGUUGUACCACAAUUUCAUUGGAUAUCAAUUAUCAGUACAGCUCUGCAAUAGCAGAGCACCAAAUUCAGAAGUUGUCAUAAAUAACAGAUGUUUUAGUGUGUGUGUGUCCGGGGUGGGUUCCUUAGCAAUACUAGACUUUUUUUUUUAUUACUACGUAAUUAGGUGAAGUCUUGGCUGCAAAGGAGUCAAAACAGCCAUUCAGAAGCCAAUUCUUCCCCUCCAAACUGUUUAGAAGACAUUUGACAGUGGGUUAAUAUUUUUAAGGGAGCAAAUUUUGCAGCUAAAACUUCAGUAGUUGGCAGCUUCCCUUUAACACUUUAAAUUUAAUGUUAUAUUUUCAAAAUAGGAUCUUAACUGCUGCUGUAUUUUGUGACAACAGAAAAUUCCUAAAAUGUAUGUCUUUCCUAAAGAUAUGAGAAAAAAAUUCAGCUAAUUUGUGUUCUAUCCGAAAGAUAACUGCCUUUGUUAUGUUUAUUCAUUUAUUGUAUGGAUAAAAUAUCACUAAUUAUACUGUCAUCUAAAAGGUGUAUGUAAUAAAAACAAAAUGUCUGCUGAUACUUUCUA